AUGUCCCAAAACCGCUCAGACCAAGGGUUCGCAAUUCUUGUCGCGUCUAUACCAUACGCUGGACUUGCGCAAUCCAAAAUCGAGACGAUAGACGAUAAUUUAGCCAGACUCCACGGAUUAUUAAACGGUAUCAAGCUCGACGAGCGCCAACGCGCAGCUGUUUCGAGAUUAUUACGGAAAUCAUAUGACUCGAAAAACCCGGAAGAAAGAAAGAGGAUAAUUUCGGCAGUGAAGGCAAAAGAUGACCAGGAAUUGAACCAAACAGUCGGUGAUGAGUUCUACCAUGACAUGUAUGAGGCGGCACGGACUCAUGAUGUUGAAGUUCUUUCGCGGUUUUUGGAUUGCGGAGCGGAGCUCCAUGAAGGGGUAGUUAAAAGUGUUAUAUUUGCCUCUGAAGAUAUCGAAGAUGUGGAUUCAACAAUCAAGGUCAUGGAGCUCUUUUUCGCACAUGGGUUGAAACUACGAGAUAUCCCAGACAUCUUGAUAGAAGGCGUGGAUAUCAACUGGCCUGCUGUAUUCGUGGAGGAAGAAGCUGGUCCUCGACAACUUCAGGAUGGUGUGAAGAGGCUGGGAAAUAGAGGUACGGCGCUUCAUUGGGCUGUGAAAGGGCAUUUAUUAGGGGGGCGACAGAAUCGUUUGAUUGAUCGUGUUCCGAGAGUGAGGUGGUUGUUGGAACAUGAUGCGGAUCCGGAGAUUGAGGAUGCGGUGGGUAAGAGAGCGAUUGAUUAUGCGAGGAGUCAAGAUAAUCAGGAGAUGGUUGAGUUGUUACUUAGUUAUCGCACGAAAGAUGAUGGAGGGGAGAAGUGA